GAUCUCGACCAGGAGGAGGUACUGGCUGAGUUAGGCUUCCUAUCGAGACUUGAUCACUAUUUUGAAGUCAAGCCUUACGGGUUGCGAUUCCAACCUCCGGGAAAUCUCGCUCAGUCCAACAUCGAGGGACACAUGCAGCUGAUCAGAGUCCGGAACGCCCGCCUGCGCGGCACGAACGUCGGAUUCGAUCAAUGCGGGUUUUUCUUGGCGCCAUUCUCAACCUCUAUGGACUAUGCAGACUUUCAAGAUUUCUUGAAAGUCAAAGAUGUGUACUGUGCGGAGGUCGAAGAGGCGGUCAAGGCCGGUAUCCCGGCCGCUCGCCAUACACGUGGAACAUAUCAGAUUCGGCGCAGAGACAUCAACUUCCCGACCUCAACCGGUGUCGACUUUGAACAUGCACAGCCAGCUAACAUGGCUCACACUGACUUCCCCUUGGCAGACUUCACUCCUGACAUCGCAAUCAGUAUGAUCAGGACGCUGUAUGGUCCGAGGGCUGACGAGGUGAUCUCACAAGGCUGGGCCAUCGUGAAUGCCUGGAGACCGCUCAAGCAUCCGGUGCAAGACUGGCCGCUGGCCGUAUGUGACAGCCGUACAUUCGAUGCCGAGCAUGAUGGCGUCGCAACAGACGUUGUCUACCCAGAUUGGAUCUCCGAGGAUGUUCUGGUUCAUUACAACGAGAACCAGGAAUGGUGGUUUUUCCCAGAACAACGGCCCGACGAGAUCCUGAUCUUCAAAAGUGUUGAUUCGGAAAAGGGACUCAACGCCGCUUGUCCACAUGCCGCAUUUGCCAACCCAGAGGCUCCGCGCAGCGCACCGCUGCGAGAGAGCAUCGAUUGCAGAAUCAUCGUGUUCUUCACCGACGCACCAGCACUUCCACCAGAGGUCGGAAAGCUGUAUGGCGCAAAGAAGUGA